AAUAUCAGACGAGAACUGACAAAAAAGAAAAAAAGAAAAGAAAAGAAAGAAAGGCAGAGAAGAAGAAAGAGAAAGAGACAAAUGAUAUUGAUUGAAAAGGAAGGCAAGAUCACCUUUGCUUAUUGCACAUAACCCAUUGUCCAGAUCAACAGCGUCGCUGCUUUCUUCACUUCUAUUCUAGCCCCGGUUUUAACUGUCUCUCUACUUCUGUUGAUAGAGACAGAUCGGUUCUGUUCAUCUAUACAUCAGUUGCUUAUACACACUCUGGGGAUCUGAUACAUCCUUUGAUUUCCUUCCUCUUCUCUCUCCCCUUUCCCACUGUCAAUAUUGCAUUGCUUCUUAUAUACUGCUCUGCAGCCAUUUCGAUCUCCAUACAUCUUUCUUUUCUUUUUUUUUACGACCCAAACAGAACUAGCUCGAAAUCCCCGGUGAUUUUGGGCGGACGAAAGAGGCCGAUUAGAGAUUGAGAGGAGGACGCGGAGGAACUUCUGCUGCCUGGCUUCUCACCUUUCCUCUGCUCCAGCUGUGGGUCUUUGAGAUUGGAUCAGAAGCAAGCAAAGCAGUUCGAAGUACGACGAUCCAGCUCAGGAAGAAGUAUACACAGACCCUACAUCAUCACUCAGGUUGCCAUCGAUGAUGGAAACCGCAGAACCAGUGUCAUAUGAAUUCCCAGGCCAUCCCAUUGGUGCCAUCGCACCUCGUCGCAUGAUGAACUCUGGGGUCGGCCACAACUUUCCCUUCUACACCAAUCCAACCACUUCCUUUCCACUGUCAUUCCAGCAAUCGUCCUCAGCUACCUAUGGAUUUGGCCAUACACUCAACAAUCACCAUCACCAUCAUCAUCCUCCCAACAAUCACCACCAGGGCUAUCAGCAUUUCUUCAUAACCGGACAUCAACACCACCUCAAUUCACAACCAGUGCGCCUAUCGUCGGAGCCACCACCCGCUCAGCUCAUCCCGGACAUCCGACCUGCGAAGAACGCCUUCAAUCGGGUGGCCAGAGACCCACUGGUCAAGAAUGACCCCGACCCGGCGUUGCAGAAAGCACGGUCACUCCACUUGUCAGCCCAAGGCAGCGCUUCGCACGGCAAAGAUCCUUCUAGUCCCAACGAAGCCGAGUUCUCGACCGAGGUGGACAACCUCAUGAAAGCAAUCCAGGCCAAAGUAACCGAUCCGCAACCGUCGACCGUACAGUCCCUCCCACCUCUACAACACUUGACUCACGGGGUCACCAACACUUUAGCCCAAUCUUACACAAUACCCCAACCCCAAGUCCCGAAUCCAUGUACCGCCGUCAUGUUCGAGGAGCCUGCGGCUCGAUCCGGAAAGAAACGCAAAUACACCUGCACCCUUCCACACUGCGGGAAGAACUUUGCGCAGAAAACGCACCUGGAUAUUCACAUGAGGGCCCAUACGGGCGAUAAACCCUUCAUUUGCAAUGAGCCUUCCUGUGGGCAGCGUUUUUCGCAGUUGGGGAAUCUCAAGACUCAUCAGCGACGCCAUACAGGGGAAAAGCCCUUCUCUUGUGAUAUCUGCCAGAAGAGAUUCGCCCAGCGCGGCAACGUCCGUGCCCACAAGAUCACCCACCAACACGCCAAGCCAUUUACCUGCCUCUUGGACGACUGUGGGAAGCAAUUUACCCAGCUGGGGAAUCUGAAGUCCCACCAAAACAAAUUCCACGCCACAACCCUACGAGACCUGACCAUCAAGUUCUCUCAAAUAACAGAUGGGAACAUGGUCACUCCACAGGAUCGAAAACUGUGGGAGUACUUUGCCACUCUAUAUAAAAACAGCAACAAAGGGAUCAAAGGCCGCGGCAAAGACCGCAGGAUCUCGCCGACUUCGAAGUCAGAACGGGGAUCGGGAAGUCGAAACCAGUUUCAACAUCUGGACGGGCUCGAUGGAAAGGCGAGGCGUCCGAGUUACGAGGACUCCUCGGCCUGCACUGGAGUGUCAAGUAGUGACGAAGAUGAUGUGGAGCCUUAUUAUUUGGAAAGGCAUGCUCAUUGAUGGCUUGCCUUACAUACCCUUUGUUUUUUUUUUAAUUUAUUUUUGGCUUGUUGUAUUUCUUUGUAUGCUAAUGUUACCACUACGAUACCAUAUUCCUGGCUGGACUGUCUCCGCCA